CACUGUUCGCUCCCACCUCCGCUGGCACUCACUGACACUCCCGCCACGCUUGGCACCGCCCCUCGCCUCGCGCCACCCGCCACCGCUCGCCGCCUCACCGCGCUACUCACUCCUCAAACAGUCGGUGUUGCAGCCUCCAGGAUAACUUCUCCUCAGGAUACAGUUGCCUAUCUACUACCUGCAUCCUGCCAAUUCGUUCCUCGGCCUGCCUUUUCUGCCCCCUAGAGUGACAGCGUGGGAGUGCAGGAUCAUAGGACCUUGGCGGUGUAUCGGGUGUCCCACAGCCUCAGGCCGCGCCGUCACCUGCUGCCCUGUUGCUGCCUCUGCCGCUGGCACAGACGUCGUUCAAAGUGAGACUUUGUCGUGUCAUCUCUGGUGCUAAGAUGCGGCAAGCUUAAGCAAGUGUGACGCAUUCCUAUGCAGUAAAAGUGUGGCUAUAGUCAAGUGUGGCACGCUGCCACUAUCACGCUUUAUGCAAACAUACUGUCCAUCAAGUGACCUGCACGUUGUGAGUGCCGUAUUAGGUGACGUACACUGGUGUUUGUUUGGCUGACUGUGUUUGUGUACAUUACAAGGGUUGGAACAAUCGCGAAGGUUCAAGGUCACAUCGUGAACUGUAUCCGCCGGUUCCGGAACAAGCCCGCGAACCUUACCUUGUUGCCAGAGAGGACCGUGCUGUCCAUGACGAACUACUGCACUAGUCUCUCAGGCCGCAGACACUCUGCUCACGCCUACCUUCACAUACGCCCUCUUUUUGUGCAACCUGACUUUGGUGUCUAAGUUAAGGUUUUUAAUACUUUGUAAUACCGAAGUAGUUUUAAAAUAACUUUCGUAAAUGUUCUUAGUAGGAGAAGUUGAUGUUUUUACAAGUUCUGCUCGUUGUGUGACGGAUCGCAUGCUGUCCGGCGAUCACUCUAGUUCAUAGCUUGACUGUGCGAGAGUGACUGAAUUGGUAUAUCUUUUUUACCUUUUUAAAAGUUUGGUGCCAAGCUGCCCCUAGAGACAUGAGGAAAAUGAGUGACAAGGCUUUGUGUGAGCCUCUCGUGACCUCCUCCGUCACCGCCGCAGAGGAGGCCACUUACCCAUCUCAAGAAUAUUCCUCAGGUCAAGAAUACUCCUCAGGGCAAGGAUACUCUCCGCAGGAGUUCAGCCCAUUCUCCUCCUCCCCCUCCUACCACGUGGAGGCCGGCCAGCACGUGGAGGCCACCCACGGUGUGAAAGUCGCUCAACAUGUGGAGACCACGCCGCCCUCUGAAGAAGCUCUCGCUGCGGGUGACACCAAGCCCGUGUUUGAGGAACUUUCUCCCUGCAAGUUCCCGCGUCCGGCACCGUGGCGCCAGAAGACCACCAGCGAGGCAGACGUCAAGCCGCAGGUGCUUGUUAAGCGCGAGUCGGAAGUGGAGUACCGCGAGGGUGAGGGUGACGGAGGCGGGCCCGGCGUGAUCCGCUGUGUGGAGACCAGCAUGCCUCCCCCCGACACCCACACCUACGAGUCCCGGGGCAGGCGACCCUCGGGUGAGUUUGCCCGGCCCAUGAACGUGCCCCGAGAAGUCAUUCGCGGUCCUCAUGGCGCCAGAUACCGGGACCCCCGCCGCACCCACGACUUGGCGCGGCCUGACCAGACACGUCCUCCUGACCAGGUGAGGGCGUCAGACUGCCCUCCGCCCACGCCCUCCUCACCCUCAUCACCCACUACAUCUUCUGCUCACGGUGGGCGUCCACGCGCCUCAGGCAAGAAGGAUCGCAAGAAGGAAGAAGCUGACGAUGUUUCCAGUUCCAUCCCCGACUUAGAAUUUGAUGGAACAACAGUUCUGUGUCGCGUGUGUGGCGACAAAGCAUCAGGCUUCCACUAUGGCGUGCAUUCCUGCGAGGGCUGCAAGGGAUUUUUCCGUCGCAGCAUCCAGCAGAAGAUCCAGUACCGCCCCUGCACCAAGAACCAGCAGUGCUCCAUCCUCCGAAUCAACCGGAACCGAUGCCAGUACUGCCGCCUCAAGAAGUGCAUCGCCGUCGGCAUGUCUCGAGAUGCCGUGCGCUUCGGCCGCGUGCCUAAGCGGGAGAAGGCCAAGAUUCUGGCCGCCAUGCAGAGUGUGAACGCCAGGUCGCAGGAGAAGGCAGUGCUGGCCGAGCUUGAAGAUAACACUCGAGUCACCGCUGCCAUCAUCCGCGCCCACAUGGACACCUGUGACUUCACCCGCGACAAAGUGGCACCCAUGCUGCAGCAGGCUCGCGCUCACCCAUCCUACACCCAGUGCCCGCCAACACUGGCGUGCCCACUGAACCCUCGGCCAGUGCCCCUCCACGGCCAACAGGAACUUGUACAGGACUUCAGCGAGCGCUUCUCCCCAGCCAUCCGUGGUGUCGUGGAGUUCGCCAAGCGCUUGCCUGGGUUCCAACAACUGCCGCAGGAGGAUCAGGUCACGCUGCUCAAGGCGGGAGUGUUCGAGGUGCUGCUGGUGCGCCUGGCAGCCAUGUUUGACGCCCGCACCAACACCAUGCUGUGCCUCAAUGGGCAGCUGCUGCGUCGCGAGGCUCUGCACACAUCAGUCAACGCACGCUUCCUCGUGGAUUCCAUGUUUGACUUUGCUGAGCGCCUGAACAGCCUGUGCCUCAGCGAUGCCGAACUUGCACUCUUCUGCGCAGUAGUGGUUCUGGCAUACGACAGACCAGGGCUUCGCAACGCUGAUCUUGUGGACCGCGUGCAGAGGCAUCUCGUGAACUGCCUUCAGGCCGUGGUCUCUAAGCACCACCCAGAGAACCCCAACCUGCAUCAUGAGCUGUUGGCCAAGAUCCCAGACCUGCGCACACUCAACACUCUCCACUCUGAGAAGUUACUCAAGUACAAGAUGACAGAGCACACAGCAGCCACAGCAGGACCCUGGGACGACUCAAGGUCCUCUUGGAGCAUGGAACAGGAGAGCAGCGUGGGCUCCCCCUCCUCCUCCUGCGCUGCAGAUGAGGCUAUGCGCUCACCAGUCUCCUGCUCUGAGUCCAUCUACUCUGGAGAGUCUGCAAGCUCCGGCGAGUCCAUAUGUGGCAGCGAAGUGUCGGGCUACACUGAGCUACGCCCUCCUUUCCCGCUGGUUCGCCGGCGUCAUGACAAUUCAGAGGGCGCUUCCUCCGGAGACGAGGCUACAGAGUCUCCUCUUAAAUGCCCUUUCAGCAAAAGAAAAUCCGACAGUCCAGACGAUUCAGGCAUUGAGAGCGGAACAGACCGCAGUGAUAAACUCUCUUCGCCAUCAGUCUGUUCAUCUCCACGCUCAUCCAUUGACGAGAAGAGUGAGGAAGACCGCGAGGAAGACAUGUCUGUGCUGCGCCGCGCUCUGCAGGCUCCCCCGAUCAUCAACACUGACCUGCUCAUGGAAGAGGCUUACAAGCCGCACAAGAAGUUCCGCGCUCUGCGGCGAGAGGAGGAGCCUCACUCCUCCCAGCCCACUCCCUCCCUGUUGGCUCAGACCCUGGCCCAGCCUCCACAGAGCUCCUCCUCCCUCUCCGCCACCCACUCCACCCUGGCCUCCACUCUUUGCAGUCCCAGCUUGGCUGCUUCACACUCCACACUUGCCAGGACUCUGCUUGAAGGCUCAAAGAUCUCGGAGGACACCAUGCGUCGCGCUGACCUCCUGCACUCCAUGAUCAUGCGCAAUGAGGUCCGGGAACGGUUACCAUCGGGGUCCCGAGUAUCACCAGCCCCAUACUACGUCCCACAGCCAGCCAUGGAUCGCCUUCAGCUUCCAGUUUCAUCAUGGUCCUGCCCAUCCUCGCGAGGCGGCAGCAGUAGCAGCGGCAGUAUGAGUCCUCUGCAGCCCGCCGUCACUGCCCAGCCGCGUGUCCAUCUUCUCACAACACCCACACCCUCACGCAACUACGAGCCAAGGAUGUCCACCACACCAAUGGGUCUCGGAGCGCAGCCUUCCCCCUCGCCAGACGCAUCCGCACCAUCGCCGUCUCAGGGCAUGGAGGUUCAUCCGUCUGGCAUGGGCGCUCAGCCUCACCAGAGAACGACUUCGUCGCCCAUGGUUGAACUUCAGGUCGAUAUUGCCGACUCGCAGCCGCUCAACCUUUCCAAAAAGACGCCGCCCCCAACCCCCCAGGAAUUUAUCUUGGAAGCGUAAUGCAUGGUUGGGCAGCGCUUACCCGAGUACAAAGCCACUGUGUGGCCCGAUAUUCUCACUCUCAGGCGGACUGAUGGAAGAUAGAGCGAGCAGCAGAAGAAGCGGCGGCAACCAGAGAGACAGAGAAGCCCUGACGUAAAAUGGAAGCGCGCGAGAAGCCGCCGCGGUGUGCGAGAGGGUCCUGGAGCACGCGGUGACGUGGCGCCCAACUCGGCACCGGUGAUGGAAGGAGAAUCGGCGCCGCCUGCUCCCGAUCCGCCCGCACAGGAGCACGACGUGUACAGGGGGCGGGCGUCAGUCUAAACCCGCCCGCAAUUCGGGCCGCCUCAGGUGGCCGCAGAAACUGGCUGCCCGCCCCGCCCAGCUUGUGAGGCGGGAGGCACAAGUCCCCGCCGGGCGAGAGCCUAGUGAUGUACCUAGUUCAGUAUUCAUCGCCUCAUGCUGCCUCACCCUCAUGAGUCUCACCCUUGUGGACCAGAGUCACCCUCAUUUCUCAUUACUCGCUCAUCACUCAUUGCUAGAUCUCGAUGUCAUUAUUAUUAUUUAGCCGUGUCUGGCGAACUGUUUGUUAUGCCGUCAUCUUUAUUAUUAUUGUCAAUAUUAUUAUUGCCAUUGCAUCAUGCUAGUUCUUACUGUAAUCUUAUGAAGAUAAGUUUGUCAUAACAAAUAGUUCCACCGUGUGCUUGUAUGUACAUUUUUGUAAUAUUUGGGAGUUCAAAUUUUGAGUCUUAAAAAUAAAUGUGCAAAGAAAA